AAUUCUUUGUUUCAUUGCGUACAUUUUUGUCGUCGGAGAUAAUGGCGCUAGUGUGAGGUCUUCUCCAUGAAGUUUCAAUCUAUGUACAGAUUGAUGUAAUAUGUUUGCAAGCCGACUGUGCCGUACUGUGUAAUGUAAAGAAAUCGAUUGACCUUUAGUGAAACGCCGAUUGUUUACUUAAAACACCGUUUUUCUAUUGUUAUUAUGUGGUAUUAGAGAAAAACUUGUAUACGUGUCUUUAUAGUAUGUGUUUCGAGAAAUAAAGAUUUUCUAAGAGAUGCUUGAUGCCGGGCACUGAACUCAACAAUAGGCCGGUGCCGGCAGAUCAAUUUUCGGCCUGCAACGAGGAGUCUCAACUAGAGCUACACCUCCAAAGGCAAUUGGAGGACGACAUCGCGAGAAUUUUUGACGAAUCUAUAUACUCUGAUCUUGAAGUGGUGUGUGGCAAACUAAAGAUACUAACUCAUUCUUGCAUUUUAAAAGCACGCACUGAUAAGUUUUAUCACCAAUUACAUACAAUUUUGCAUGUGAACAUUGAGCGCAAUACGUUCGAUGAGAUAUAUUCUUUCAUAAGUGAUGUGUAUACUGAAUGCAACAUUCAACAUGAAGAAAAAGAAAUAAUUACUUACCUGAAACGCAAUUUAAAUGUCGUAGAACCUGUCCCUGAUAAGCCUAACCCGACCAAGGAGGAAGGUGAAGAAUCUGAGGUUUACUCCACGCCAAAGUGCAUUACCCCAUAUGUAGAUAAUGACGUCCAGAAAGUAAUACAUUCUAGUCCAAGUACUGAGUUAACAAAAGAAUAUUAUGCGUUAGUCCCGAUUGAAGGGAAUUUACUUGAAAAGGAACUUACCGAACAGGAUGAACUCUCUAAUGCAUUUCAAUCUAUAAAAAAAGGUCAAUCGGACGAUACAAGUCAAGUAAAAAAUUUUCUACUCAACAAGCCAACUUCGCUGUACCUUAAUUCUAGUCAUACUUCCAAAACAGUCAAACAUUCCAGUAGUUGUGAUAUUUUGAAUAAUAUUUCUUUAAAAGAUCCAAAACAAGAAAACAAUCUGCACACAGUCGCUGAUAAAGACUUUAAAACUAAUCGGACCUUACCGCCAAGUGAUAUUACUGAACUCGUUACUACUAAGAAUUUAAAUAAUCCUAAUCUGGGCGCAGAUAAGCCGGUAGAUCCUCCUUAUUCGCCAGAUAGCUUAAUAACGGAUGAACCUAGUUCUUCUUCAGAUUAUUUGUCUGCCGCAUACACAUUUUCUCCAGGCGCUAGUUCGUCUGGUUUCCAGCAUCAAGUAAAUGUUGAAAGUAGCGCAUCCAAGAUGGAAAAUACUUACACGUUGUCCGAUUCGGGCUUGGAAGAUACAGCAAUGUUGGGUAGCGUCAAUAGUCACAAGGACGUUACUGUAACAAAUAUAUCUUUAUCUGAAAAUACUCUUCAAGAUUUAAUUACCGACGAUGCAAGUAUCUCUACAAUAUCCAUUCCCAGUUCUUUAGCCGGGGUAAACAACUUACAGCGGUCGAAACAGAGUGGCACAUCUUUUGAGAGAGAUUGUAAUGGUCAGAGUACCCAUACCGAUAUGUGUGGUAAAUCAAUAAAGGAAGAAAAACAGAGACAAAACGAAGAGAUUGUGAUACUAGAGUCGUCGUCGCUUUCUUCAGAAACGGGCUCUUGGGAGUCUGUGUAUCCUCCAAAAUUGGUUGAAAAAGAGAUCUGUGAAAAAUUUCUGAACAAUGAGCGCCAGCAAUGUUUUGAUUCCCCUAAUAAGGUCCACAAAUCACCUUUGAAAUCAACCGCCUGUUUUAUUGAUGCUUCUAGCUUAGUUGAUGAAGAUGAAUCGAUUGAAUUAAUUAAACAGGAUAACGUCAAACUAGAUAUUUUACCUACCCCCAGCCAACCAGUGCCGUGCUCCACAGUUAAACAAGACAUCAGUCCAGUUGAUUGGUCAGAAAGUAACGACAAUGAAGAUUCCUUGGAAAAAAAAGAUCCAGAUUCGAUACAAAAAGAUUUAUCUCCGACCAUUUUUGAAAUGACACCAAUUACAGAAGAUUCUUUGAGUACAAAUCAGUUUGAAUCUGCUGCACAGGUGGCAGCGGCAGAAGCUGCAGAAGAGACUUCUAGCUUCAUAUCAGAAAAAGAAAGAUCGCUUAAAGUUAGCGCUGUUUUCAUGUCCAGUACACCAAAUAACUCAAUGUUGUCAUUCACAAAUCAAAUCAUUAAGCAGUACGAGUCUGAAGAUAGCGAAAGCACCGUUACUAUUGUUGAUUCCGACAGCUUUACAAUGAAACAAACAAAAGGCAGUCAUUCGCCACCCAUCCUAUCGGGAGGAGUGUCUGUAGAAGAUCAUUUACCUCAAGUAGGCGCAAGCUUACCCCUAUCGGAAAAUGUUCAAACAAAGCCGAGAACAAGUUCAGCGUCGGCAUGGGUUGUUGACAUGUCAAAUUCAUCGAAAACAGACGAGAAUUCUGCCAACCAUUCGAAACAACAACAUUCAAAUGCAAAUUUUAAAUCGUCCGAUGAUUCAAGCGAAAAGAAGAAUAUGUUUUCUAUGUAUAUAGAUCUCGGUGAUAGAUCGACUUUAAAAGAUAUGCCGACUCGAUUAGCUUCGUCAAAGCAUACGAAGAAGAAUUCCGUCGGGGUUGACAAUAAGUCAACUGCUCGGAAUUUUAAAACUGCAGCAGCAGCAGCUGAUACGAGUGUGUCUAUUUUUGAGAAAUAUGAAUCUUUAUGCAACGAUCCUAACAUCAGUAUUUCAGAAAUUAUUUCCAUUCCUGAAAAAAAUGAGCCUGUUCCAGAGAUCUUAGAAGAUAGUCAUGUAGAAAUUACUCCCAAAGUCCACCAGUCACGUCUGAAUAAAACAAGUGAUAAAAUGACUAUAAACAAUGAACUACCCGAACCUUCAACUGAAGUUCAGUCUAAAGAUUUGUUUGUGAAACUGUCAGACUUAGAUAAGCCAGUGCAAAAAUCGGAUGUAUUGCUAUCAGUAGAGAAAAAAAGUGUAGAUGUGCGCAUGACAAGAUCUAUACCGGAUUGGGGUGAACAAGCAUUUUUAACAAACUCGAGAUCAAUAGAGGUUAUAACUUCCUUUCAUUCGGAAAAUGCGUUAAGCUUGAACAGGUUGUUUCCCCAUUUAAAAAAUGAAUUCAGUAGAAGCAUGCCAGGGUCUCUGUCUAGCAGAACUCGAUCACCGUUAAGGUUGGGUACAUCCAGCACCCUCGGCGAUGGCGACGAGCAAGGCUCGGACAUGUCGGAAUUGAGUAGUAUGCAGAGCAGCAACUGUCGAUCCGGAUUCGGGAACAGUACUACGGAUAGUCAAACAUCAAGUUUAAUUGAAAAUUGUACAUCACGGCUCGGCCAAGAUUUGCUAAGGAUGUUUUUGGAUGAAAUAGCUCCUGAUGUUAUUGUUGAAGUAUCGGGGAAACGGUUUAAAGCACACAAGUGUAUUUUGUCAUCCAGAUGUCAGUACUUCGCGGGAAUUUUAGGCGGCGGGUGGGUUGAGAGCCUAGGCAACGUCAUAGUGCUUCCACCGUUUUCGUACAAUGUAGUGUAUUUCGCUCUGUGUCACAUAUACUCCGGUCUUGCCACAAUCCCUGACUCCUUGAGCAUCUUAGAGCUGGCAACGAUCGCCGAUAUGUUAAGUUUGGAAGGUUUAAAGGAAGCGAUCAUGUUUACGCUCAAAGCCAAAUAUUGCCACCACUUUCAUAAGCCUUGCGCUGUCUGCAUUGUGGGUGUACUGGAAUGUUUCCCCUUGUGUGCCGUGUAUGGCUUGGACGAUUUGUACCACAAAUGCAUAAAGUGGAUCACGAAGCACUUCACUAAAGUGUGGCCUACGAAGGCAUUCGCGACCUUACCCACGGAUCUGCUGGACAAGUGCCUCCAACAUCACACGGUUAAUUUGACUGUAGAUAAUGUUGUGGAAACUGUGUACGGGUGUGGUAUUACAGCGGCCUCGUUACAGAACAGCCGCUGGGCAGAGAGUGUUGCGCGCCUGUGUCGUCGGCUCAUCAGCUCGGCGGCGCACUUCGCGAGCAACAAGCUCACCGCCGUCUUCCAGGCUAUCCCGCCCUUGCCUGCUGAAUCUCCUCAUGCCGCUAAGCAAGCUUUAGAAGAUUUUCUUGCAUCCGCCAUAGAGUGGGCGGGUGCUGAAGAACUCUGUCGAGCAUAUGGUUUUCUCAAUACAGUGGUGAAGGAAAUUCGCAACAGCCACUAUUCCAAACCCGAUUUAAUCAGCAACGGCACUGAAAGUCGUAAAAAUUUCGGCGCAAAUAACCCGCUGUACAUGCACGCAGGCAGCUGGCGUAUGCAAUGCGAGGGUGCGCUGGUGAGGGCGUCCCCGCGCGUCGUUACAACACAAGCUUUUAAGAACUUACCAUCUGAUUUGCGUAAAAGAUUGCGGGAACUUGGUUGCAUCAAGUAUGGCGCGCAUGCAUUGCCUCUGGCUUCUCCUACUCACCACCAGGAGAAAAAUAUUAAAUCAAUUGCUGCGCCCAAAAAAAAACCUAUAGCGCCAAAGGCUCGCAUUAUCGACAUUGCACACGUGCGCGCAUUGUUCGUGCCGUACUCACCCAAACCGGUGAUCCCAGGCGGAUCCAUCGACACGCUCAAGAGCAACAACGAUCUACGAGAUAUCAAGAGACCAACUCACCCACCAAAAGUGAGGACUACUAAAGCUCAAGAAGAACGGGCAAAGUUUAAUAAAACUAAAACCUCCUCCACGACCUCCCAGGACCGCUUAAAUACUAAGCCGAGUGGAGUGCGAGCACCAUCCUUUGAUAAAACAAAGGCUCGGUAUUUAGAGUCUAAAAAUAAGGAAAGAAAGGUUGUUAAUAAGCACUUGCCGAAGAUCGAUUCGUCGAGUGAGUCGUCUCGGAACUCGAGCCCGGUGCAGGCCCGGCGCCUGGCCGCCAUGUCGCACGACAGCCUGGCGUCGCGGCCGCGCACCGCCGAGCCCUCCACCGACUCGCUGACGGAGUCGCUCACCUCCAACAAGCACGUCGCCUCCAACAAGUACGCCACCUACACCAAGACCAGGCACUGCAAGGGCUCUUCCGAAUCAAUCAAACAAAAAAAUGAAAAUAAUGGCGCGGCCCCUGCAGCUAGUAAAAUGAAAACCAAGAUACCGGUGUAUUUAAACCAAGUACCAAAAAAGGGGAUGGAAAAUCGUAACUCUAGAGACCAACAGAAAAGGGGCAGGCUGGUACCAGGCGCCGCAAAUAACUUGCCGAACAGCAGAUCUAGCGACCGCAAAGUCCCGGGCUCUUUGAUGAACGCUACCAAGUCCAGCUCUGCGAAGAUGGUUCCCAAGGUAGUGAAAGAGGCAGUAAAAACUAGUAACAUGUCGAAGAGCGCGAGGAGUGGGCAGGCGAGCAAGCAGCACGAGGAGAAGGCAGGCCCGGCGCCUCGGGAGCUCGCCGCCAUUCCCGCCAUGGAACGAUCUGGAACGUUCCUCAAGGACGAACCCACCUUCGGCGACAAAAUAACCAACUUAGACAUCUCACAAUGAAAACCUUCACUAAAAUUACACAAAUUUAGCAAAUUCUAUCAUAUAACUGAGUAGUAGAACUCUAUAAUCUAAGCAAUAUGCAUAAUAUAUUACUAUUUUGGCUUGGUUAUAACCGAACUUUACAUUGUGUCCUGCUUAUUGAUAGAACAGUUAUGCGCAAUGGCAAUGUCACAACUAAAUGAAGUUUUAUUUAUCAUAGAUUUAUAUGACUCUGGGGAGUAUUUACGAUUGAAGUUUGAGCUGAAGCUAUGACGGGGGAGCUCUUAAUACUCGAUAACUUAUCACUGGAUAGAAGUAAUGCUGCAAUAACCGAUUCGCAAAAUUUUAAUUCAAAGUGAGAUUAUUUUUUAGGAGAGAGAUUAAUAAAAUAAAAAAGAGGUAUCCGUGUUCGAUGUAGGUAUUGAGUUAUGGCACAAAUCAUCAGCUCCUUCACCCCGAAGUCAGUGAAUCAAAGCUACGGCCCUUCACAAGUAAACUAGUCUUCAUACUACAAUAAUAAUACUUCUAUUGAAAAUAAGGAAUAUAUUUAGUUUAAUUUAUUCUCAUAAUUUAUUUUAAUUAUUAAGGAAUGUUAUUGACAUAUAUGUAUAUAUUUUGAAACGAAUCGAGUACUUUUUUAUUUUGUGUGGCAUUUAUAGUGAGACGAAAUAUAAUAUAAAUAUGUUACACUAGACAGGAAUGACUUGUCUGUUUGCAUUGAAUAUGCUCCGAAACUCCUGAACCUAUUUAAUAAAUUCUACAACUUUAUGUUUAUAUGUACAAUUCGAGUUCAGGAAGAAGUUCCGCCGGGACGCGGGUAUAACCGCUUGGGCACUUGGAUAACAUAAAGGGCUUGAUUUUAUUCCGACUGAAAUCCUAUUUUUUUUUAAUUGUCUAGACGACGUUAAAUGUUUUUUCUUAUAUGAAUCGUGCAAUAAUGUUACCGGCAAUUAAGAUUAGAAUACUUUUAAUACCUAAUUUAAAUAUGAAAACUUUAAACAUACAAGCAAGUAGAUUUGUAUGAUACUAGCCUAUUCGAUGCAAACAAUCAAAUAUUUCCUAUUUAUUUAUUGGUAUGAAAUGAUGUGUCGUGUUUGGAGAAUCGUAAUAAAUACAAUCAUACUCGUCCUCAGAUAAAGUACUUACGUCGGUAUAUAUGUAAUGUAAAGUUUUGCUGGUUCCUGUAGGGAGUAGCGAUUAUUAAGAUCGUAUUUUCGUGGCCAUUCAAAAUAAUAUACACUAAAUUUACCUACUCUAGUGAAGUCAUAUUUAAUUACUGGCCGAUUUCUAUAACCUAUCUAUUUGUUGUUUUGCGAUCAGAGAUUGAAAUUUGAAUUAAUUACUUACUGACAUAUUACUUUAUCGAUUUCUAAUCGCAAAUCGCCCGAAAGAAUGGUUAUACAAAUAUAACGUAAUAUUUUCUCUUGAAUUAUAGAAGAAUAGAGAAAGAUAAAUAUAUUUUUUAAUUAUUGACUGUAAAUGCUGUAAUGUAGUGUGUCAACUAUUUUAUUGUCACGUUUCUAAAUGUAUAACGUACUUAACAUUUGUAAUUUAUUCAAUAUUGAUUAUACCAUUGACCAUUUAUUCUAUUACGUUAUGGAAUUAUUUUCUGUAGCACGUCCCAGCUCAGUAUUAUGUAUAAAUAUUAAGAAUACCCUCCGAAAACUAUAUGUAAAAUGUUUUAAUUUAUAUAUAUUUAUGUAAAAAAAGUUAUGUAAUUUCCUCAUUGUAAAGAUUUAACAAAAUUAUAUUAAUUCUACAUAGGCAUUAACUAAACGAAGUAAAAUAAGAAUUUACUCAAGGGAGAAUUAUUUCAUUUCGCUUGCUAACUUUUUAUAAAAAAAAAAUAUCAUUAUUUUAUGUCCUUAUAAACUUUUUACUUCUUUUACUUGUUUACUAACUUGUUUUACUUCUCUUGAAAAUGUAAGUGUUUUGUUGUUUAUCUUAAUAACUUUUAGUACAAUGAAUUACAGAAAGAUUUAAUCCUUAUGAUCAAAUCUAUCUGCAAGUGCCAUAAUGAAAAACAAAUUUUAGUGGGUGCCUGUAUAGUUUCUAAAAGAAAUCUAUUCAUAAAACAUUUUAGUUCUCCUUAGAGUAAAACCUUUUAUCGCCUUACUUAUGGUACUUUCUGUGGUGUUAGAUUUUUUUAACUCGUGUUAGUGAAAUUACUCAUAAAUAGGUUAAUAUAUGUGAAACUAUCCAA